CAUCCGAGAAGAGCAUGCUUGAUCUCUAUUGUGUGUUUUAAGAAUUUUUUUUAUUUCAUUGUGUCAUAUUUCGUACCAACUAGGACUUACGAGUAACAUUGAAUAUUAAAUUAUUUAAAAAUUUUAAAUUCGUGAAAAGUGAUUACUUUUAAUUGUAUGCUAGUCUGGCUUUCUUCCAGUGAUUCCAUUGUUUAAACGUUACGAAGUAUAUAACGUACAAAAGAUUUGACCAUGACAAACAACUACUACCAACAUCAUCAGUCCAGAACGAUGCCGGAUUUGGUUGCCAUUUUGGCUUGCGAAAAUGCCAAACAGCAAUUUCCUCGUCAUUUCGGUAAUCAGGGCUAUAACGUUAAAUACUAUAACAAUUGUCAGACACCGUACGUUCCGCAGAUGUACGGCAACUUUUAUCAAAAGCAACGUUUCAUGCCCUACCCGAAUCGCAACCAAAUGCAGCCCAAUCAGAGCAACCAUUUCCAACAACUGUGCACUAAUGUCAGCUACACGAGCGGAAACGGUGCAGCAAACAAGUCACUGAAUUCAUCACUGAACAGUAGCGGUUCCGACUCUGGUAAAAACUCUACGUUUUACAGUGGUGGCAGUUCUAGCAAUUCUAGUAAUACGAGUCAGUGCAGCAACAGCAGCGGCAGCGGCACUGGAAGCGGAUUCAAUUGCUCCUACGGCGGAGCCAUGCAAUCGACCGCCGAUCAGAAAGAGAUGGUCGUACUGCAAAUCAGCAACCUGGAUCCAUCGAUCGAUGAGCACAAGAUGCACCAGUAUUUGCUCUGUCAGCUGAAAUCGAUCACGCCUGUGCUUUCGUUGACCAUCGAAAGUCCUUCGCUGGCGAAGGUCAAGGUCCCUUCGGCACAAUUUGCCAAAUUGGUGGUAGCAAAUCUUCACCGUAAGAAGAUCGGCCACAAACGUAUGGUGGUGUCCUACAUCAAGGAUCCGUCUUCUGCCGAAUCUUCAGCGCUCCGUUGUCAGGUCGCGGGUUUGCUGAAGGACGUUCCGUUCUACAGUUUACCGAUCAACAAAUUUCGUGAACUGUUCCAGUCACGGUUCAAAUCCUCGAUCAGCGUACUGGAUCUCUAUCGCAUGCCGGACGUGUGCACCAUUACGUUGGACAAGAACGAGGAGAAGUUCAUCUGUCUGCAGCCGGAUGUGAUUAACUCGCUGCAGAACAAUCCGUUGGUGGAAUCGUCGCAGCACAGUGUCCCGUACUGCAUCUACCACUUCAAGCAGGAAAAGGAAAAAGGUUGGGCAGAACAGGAGAUUGAACCGCUGCCCAAUGUGAUGAUGAGCAUCAGUCAGCUGCAGUCGGUUGUCUAUUCGCUACUGAAGGCACACAAAGAUGACAUUCCGGUGGCUAGCAUUCUGUACUGCAUCGAACACGAACUGCAGAUGAAAGUCAUCCCGAAUGAGGCUGGCGUUCCGCUGGAACAUUUGCUGUGCAGCAUCCGGGGCGUGCAGAUUGUGAACAACAGUUUCGGUAUCAAGGUGCUUACUUGGCUAGACCACGAACUCAACUCUACCAAGGACAACGAUGAUGCCUCCUCGGUCAACCUACGCUAUAUGCCCAAGAGCCCAAGUAACGAUUUCCUGCAACAAAUUUCCCGCGAAGUCGUCGAGUUGAUCAAAAUGUCACCGAAGUCGACGAUGAAAUUCACACGAUUCAUUCCGGCCUACCAUAAUCACUUCGGAAAGCAGUGUCGGGUGGCCGAUUACGGUUACACCAGGUUAAUCGAACUGUUCGAAGCCCUGUCGCCGGUUGUUCAGGUGAUGGGUGAUGGCGAGAAUCGUCAGAUCACACUGACCCAUCGAACUCAGAUUCGCCGGUUCACCAGCGACCUGCUGAAAGUGCUGCGUGGCCAACUGAACAAAUCGAUUCUGCUCUCCCAGCUGCCGAUCAUUUUCUCACAGGCCCAGAACAAGAUAUUUGACGUUACGGAUUACGGAGUGUGCGAUAUCUUCGAUAUCAUCGAUGGGCUGGUUUACAACAAUUCUAUUGUUACCAAAGUGUAUAACGAAACGGAUGUGCUGAUAUCGAUUGUGAAACGGAAGCAAACUCCGAUGGAACUGGAGAAGACCUGUAUCUUUGCCGGGGAGGUCGUGGAACUGUUCAAGAAUGCACCGCAGUAUUCGAUUUUGUUCAAAAAGUUUGUCCGAUCUUAUCACUAUCAUUUUGGUUAUCAGUGCCGAUUGAGUGAUUAUGGACUGAUGAAGUUGGCGGAUUUACUGGAAGCUAUUUCCGGUGUUGUUGAGAUGGAGCAAAGCAACGAUGAAGAUCGUAAAAUAUUUCUCAACAGCAGAGUGGCGACACGGAUUUUCGCAGAACAGAUACAGGAUAUCAUUAAGCACUUCAGCGGAAACAGUGUGUCGAUGAUUCGGUUGAGCGAAAUUCUCAACUACCAUAAGAACAAAUACGGCUAUCAGCUUCAGCCGUGCUGUCUGGGGUAUUCCAACAUGUACGAAGCCGUAAAGGCACUUCCGUACAUGGAAAUCUACGAGUCCGGCAACGAUUAUAUUGUCAUUUCGCACAUGGAAGACCCGGCGUUCCGUCUUCGGUCGUACGCUGCCUGCCUUUGCAUACUGGAUUCACAAAGGGACCGUUUACCGAUUGCCGAUUUUCUCCGAAGCUUUAUGACAAAAUUCAAAGAAAGCCUAUCCGAGAAACAGAUUCACGACAUGAAGCACGCCAUAACGAUUGAACUAGAUAAGGGAAGCCAAACUGUGACGUUGUCUGCGAUGAUGAAGUUUAUCGUUCGCAUCAUACAGGUGCUCAAGCAGCGAAGCCCGAUCAAUCUGUUGGACCUGAAGCACACCCUGAAUAUGUCACUUUGCACGUGUUUCGAGUUCGGUUAUCCAAACAUUUCCUCGCUGAUCGGUGCGUUUCCAGAUAUAUUUGUCGUUAGCAACAACUACGUUCACGAACGGGCCGAUGUUGAACUGAACCGUGACUGCAUUUUAAGUAAAGCUCGCUACACUUGCGAGGAAAAAACUUCUCCCGUAGUCGGAGCGGUGACUGCGGCCACAUCAACUUCCACCCCCGCGAGCAUCAAAACGCUCGUUGACGAAAAUAAAUGUUCCUCCGUUUCGAUGACAAAUGAUUUUAGGAAUAUGUUUUACAGUCGUCAAGAGGCGAUUGCUCAGCAUCAAAUUAUUCAGCAGCAACUUCAGAAACCGCUUCAACCUUUGCAACCGAGCCAACAGAUGAACCAACAACCUCCGGUUCCGUUUUACCCGAAUAAUCGUUUCAGCACUCCAAUGCUGAACUCCAGCUACAACUUGGCCACUGUGACAUCCUCCUCCGUGACUCCUAUAGUGGCUGCCGCAAUGGCCGCUAGUUUGAUGACUAGUCAUAAUCAAACGUUGAUUAUGAAGAACCACAAUAAGGAAAACCUCUACUACGGUUACAAUGGAAUGCAGCAGCAGCUCGAACAGCAAACGAACCAAUCGCUCCAGCAUCUGCAACAGCAACAGUCCGCGAUUCUACAGACAAAAUUCGCUGCAAUGACCGCGAAUAUUUGCGCCAACUCCAUUAACGCUGAUGCAAAUGUAACAGCUUUGACCGCAAAUCCAGCCAAAGAUGGCCGGGAGCAGACCCCAAUGGGUACUAGUAGUAGUAGUAAUAGUAGUAGUAGUAACAGUAGCUGCUCGAUGGCACUGUCCACGGGCUCCGGUGUUCCGCCAAAUUCGACGAGCAAACUAUACGAACGCAGACAUCAACAGUCAACGGGUUUACAAUAUCUCAAUUGUAAUAAUUUCGGAUAUGGACAUUUGCCGGAGAUUUACGAACCACCGAAGCCGGACACACCGCCGUCUCGGAACAUCCCCUACUGGAUUGAUCCGAUCUGGUCAAGCGAUUCAACCCCGGGAGAAAAGGAGCCAUCAGCGGCACCGACUACCGAGCAGCUCCUCAACAUUCCGCUGCCGGAGCUGAAAACGUACAACAAACUGCCGAUCAUUCUGACCCCGUAUGUCCUGUCACUGGCGAACAGUUCGUCCUUUCCCUUCGAUCACGAUAAAUCUAAACAGAUUUAAAACUUGGAAACCAAGCCCAAGUUGCCCGUCUGUCUUUGGGACCAUUCGCAACGUACGAAAAGGAACAAGGACCCGACGAGCGCAGGACAGGACUCCGAUUGUCUUAACUGGACCAUAAGCUACACUCUUGUUUUUUUCUUGUUCGUUUGUUUUCCGCAGUCAACGAUUGCCGCCGACGGUUCCAUGUUUCAUUUCUAUUUACAUUUCUGAUAGAAUUGAUGUUUUAUUUGACAUGUUGAACGGUCUUCACUGUCCUAGGUGUCAAUAUAUGAUCCGUUUACGAGGUUAACUUUUUUUAUAAGGUAGAGUGUUUAUUAGAUGAUGAUAUCGUUAUUAUUAUUGUUCGAAGCUAGAAUGUAUUUAUUUAGGUUAAUUAGAAAAGAGAAGAUGGAAAAUUGAACUGCGAGACACGGAAUGCAGCCUGUUUAGGAAACUGAUAUUGAACAUUUUCCACUGAAUAACGAUUAUGGUUAUAGUUUAACGUGAACUCCUAAGACGGAUAGUAGUUUAGAACGUUUGAGAUGUGUACUGUUUUUUGUUUUGUAAGGAAGCAUCGUAGGACACAGUUUUUUAUAGUUGAUGAUUUAAAUACGUGUAUGUGUGAGAGGUGAAAUGUUUGAAUCAUGUUUAUGUUUUAGACUGAUCGUAGACUAUUUCAGAAUUGAAGAUGAUUCCAGUUUAGAUUUUCCGUUCUUGUGCAUUCUGGCAGUGUUCGAAGAAACUUUGUGAAAGAUUUAAUUAUUUGAGUAUAUGAAAUUGCAUGAAACUAUUAAAAUUUAAG